AUGGAAUCAAAAACUUCAAGCUGUAUAGUUCUGUUAACUCUAGCAAUAUCACUAGUCAUUUUCCAAAUGGCAUCAGCUGGCGACCCGGAUAUCCUAACAGACUUUGUGCUGCCACUGGAGGUUCCAUCAGUUGAUCCGUCUUACUUCACCUUCUCGGGCCUGAGGAGACUCAUCGGAGCUCCACCGCCUGAAAAAUUCAAGGCGACAAAGGCAAGCAUGGCCGAGUUUCCAGCCCUGAACGGACAAAGUGUUUCCUAUGCAAUCCUGCAGUAUCCUGCUGGAUCUGUCAAUCCUGUCCACACUCAUCCACAAGCAGCCGAGCUACUUUUCCUCAUGUCGGGCACACUGCAAGUUGGAUUCAUCGAUACCACGAACAAGUUCUUCAAUCAAACGUUGCAAACUGGAGAUGUUUUCGUGUUUCCUAAGGGGUUAGUUCAUUUCCAGUACAAUGCUGAUACUAACAAUUGUGCUUGGGCUAUAUCUGCCUUUGGAAGUGCAAAUGCAGGCACUGUUUCUGUUCCUAACUCUGUGUUCAAUACCAGCAUUCCUGAUAACAUUUUGGCUAAGUCAUUCAAGACUGAUAUCAUCACCAUUCAGAAACUCAAGGCAGGUCUAGCCUGA